CCCUUCCUGUCAGCUUUCUCUGCGCUCUUUCCUCAUUCUCAGGCGCUCAUCCACGCAGCGACUCUGCCGCGGCGGCUCCGGAGGAUCCACACACCGCCGAGAGGAGCUCUCAGCCCGGCGCCAGCGAGUGCACGCGCUCCGGACAGUUGGGUGGAGCUCCUGUCCGAUCUGAGGAAUGUGACACAAGGGGACGAGGAAGGAGGCCCGAGUCGGCGGUUUGACCGCGGAGAGCGAAAACACCCCCCCAGGUCGAUACAAAGACGAGAGAGGGAACAAGUUGUGCUGCGAACCGAGGAGAGGCUUUCGACUUGACUUUCGACCGCACCCAGUCCAACAAUGCCGCACCGGUCACAGAGCUCAUCGGUUGGCGAUAAUCCGCUUGACCCAAACUAUCUGCCCCCGCACUACCGCGAGGAUUAUCGUCUAGCUAUCGAUGCUCUGAUAGAAAAUGACAUACAGGGCUACUAUGAAUUCCUCCAGACGGCAGAUUUGGUGGGCUUCCUGUCCGAGACGGAAAUUCAAUAUAUCAGGUCCACUCUUCAGGGACCAAGCCAGCCCUCGGGCGCCCCAGAGCUUACAUAUUAUGAGGGAGGACAGGAUGCUGAGGGCUCCUCCGACACCUACUGGCCAAUGCAGUCUGACCUGGCUGCGCCGGGGCUGGACCUGGGAUGGCCGACUCCACAGCUCAGCUUCAUUGGACCCACAGAGGUCACAACUUUGGUCAACCCCUGUGACCCAGAAAUGCCUAGCAUUAAGGAGCAGGCGAGGAGACUCAUCAAGAAUGCACGCCAAGUUAUCGCAAUUGUGAUGGACAUUUUCACUGAUGUUGACAUUUUUGCGGACCUCUUGGACGCAGCAGGACGCCACGUUCCUGUUUACAUUUUACUGGACGAGAAAGACGUUCAUCACUUUGUCUCCAUGGUCAUGAGCUGCAAAGUCAACUUGGAUUUAAUUCAUAUGAUGCGUGUCAGGACUGUUGCAGGAGUGACAUACUACUCACGGACAGGGAAAUCAUUUAAAGGUCAGGUCAAAGAUCGCUUUCUCUUGACUGACUGCAGUGCUGUCCUCAGUGGAAACUAUAGUUUUAUGUGGUCGUAUGAGAAGAUCCAUCGCUGUAUCGCACAUCUCUUCCUUGGCGAACUGGUCACUACUUUUGAUGAGGAGUUUCGUAUCCUCUUUGCUCAAUCGGAGCCCCUGGUCAUUGAUCUAUCCAGUGGGCCACUCACUAUCCCCGACCCAGGCACCAGCAGCUACAUGAACACCCAGUUUGGUUUGCAGAGGUCACAGUCUCUACGUAGUUACAGAAGACAGCCUGAGAUUCCCUCUGCCUUCCCAUAUGGGGAGCUAGAUCGUAACUCCUCGCUGCCUUUCCGGAGGACUGAGUCGUUUCGUCACACCCUGGACCCUAGUGCAGGAAUUACAAUAGGGAAAUAUUCUCAGCAACAGUUUCGUCUCCAGCAGUCGUUCCUGGAGCAGGGAAAGUCCAUUGUGUCCAGGCAGAUGGAGAUGAGUUCAAGUGCCUACAAGAGACACAGCUAUGCUGAAGGAACUCAGGAAAACUACUCAUCUUCACGACAAUACAUGAAGCACAGAGUAAUGAACAAUCUGGAUGAAACAGAUUUUCGCAGAGAGCAAAUGUCAAGUAGCCAUUUCUACAGUGAAGGUCCUGGACCUGGUUCUGGCCAUGGACACUACGACCGACUUCGAGGCCGUCCUUCUCACCUGGCUAUUGACCAGUAUUCAGAAUCAAGUUUUCACUCGGAUCGAGAGCCUGUACCCGGAAGCAGAGACUACUUUUCAUCUGAGGACCUGAGAGGCCCUGAGGGGCUCCACCCCCCACCUGUAGCUGGGAGGUAUGGAGGAGGAUCCGGUAGUCGUAGACCAACCAUAGGUCAAGCAUAUGCUUGUCAGAGCUCGCCAACGCAUCUGCACCCACAAGAGAAAGGACAGUCUCAAAAGCAAUCUGAUCAAGAGUACAAUCAAGAUCCAACUGUAAAGCAAGGCAUGAGGAGUUGGAGAAUUCACUCGUAUCUGAGUGCUUAUGAAGAUGGAGGAGAAGAAGGCUUGCCUCAGCCUAUGGGUCAUGACACAUUUGAUGAGCCCUUGCCUGCUGAACCGCCAGGCACAUCUGAAGGUUUAGCUCCAGUCUUUGGAAUAAAGGAUCCACCAACUGUUCCACCCAAGCCCAGACCGGAUAUACUUAGACGUCGGUUUGGAAAGCCAAUAGUACCCGAGAGCACCAACAAAGACUCUGCCCCAACAGCAAGGGAUGAUGUGCAUCCCUCUUUCACUGAGUUUAGGUCUUCUAUUUUGGAGAGAAGAGACAGAGAGGUAGAGAAAGAAAAGGACAGAGAGUCAGAAAGAGAUUCAUCCAAGGAGAGGGUAGAAGAAUCAGAUGCUAAGGAAACUCCAGAUCUCUUUUUGUCCAGACAUGAAUCGUUCCGCUCACGCGUAAACCCUCUCCUCCAGCGUAGCUCUCGCCUGCGCUCCUCGCUUAUAUUCUCGUCUUCCAAAGCAGAGAUACACAGUAGCACCCUGGGUCUAACACCAGCAACAGAAGAAGACGACCAGUUAGAUUCGGGACGCACUACCUCCCUUGUGGCCCAAAUUCUUGAAAAGAGACGGUCUUGGUCUCGUGAGCCUUUGGAUUGGCGAAAGAAAGCUGAAGAAAAAGAUAAGAAAGAAAAGGAAGAGAGAGAGAGAGAGGAAAAGGUGAAGGAAAAGGAAAAUGAGAUGAGGGAAAAACAACAGAAAAUGGAAAUAGAAAAGAAAUAUCUGAUUAAGGAAAAAGAAGAACCCCAUGCUACUGACAACACUGGAGAAAAGACAACACUGAGCUCUCAGACAACUGAAGUCAAACCCUCAGUAAAUAUAAAUGACCCAGCUAGUAGACUACAGUAUUUUAAAGAUCUGGAGAACAAGAGAAAAGCCUCAAAAAUGGAGACAGAGCUAUCUCAAAAAGCCUUGGAGCCUGCUGAAAAAAAGCCAGGACUUUCUGAGAAGCCUCCUCUCAACACUACCGGUCCUCCAAAAAGCCCAAAUGUAAACAUCAGUUCAACAGAACAAGACCCCAAGAAGCCUCUCAACACUACGGCUCCUCCAAAAGUUCCAACUGUAAACGUCAGUUCAACAGAACAAGAACCCAAGAAGCCAGACAUCUCAGCAAAACUGGCAGAGCACAAUCGCAGACAUUCAGUGAGUUCAGCCAAGCCUUCAAUAAUUACACCAAAGCCUUUUGUAAGUUCACUGAAGUCUUCGGAGGCAUUGCAUCCCAACAAAAAGGAGAACGAGACAGAUGGUCAGAUGAAAGAUGAAUCCAAGGGUCUAAAGCCUUUUCCAUCACCUAAAAUCUUCAGGAAAGAUCACCUAAAGAUUAAGUCCCUGAAUCCCCGUCGCACCUCCUGUAGCGAGGAUAUUCUGACAAAAGAUGCAACAGAUGCUGAGAAGAGUGAAAUGAAAAAGAGCCGCUCUCACAGUUCUUCAACGCUGCCACGUGAGGAGUCUAGGGAAGGACUGCACAAGAUUAUGGGAUCUACUACUUCAUUAAAUACAGUCAGUGAGGGGAAGGGUGAUGGUAAGACACUUGAAUUCCUAAAGAAACAGACUCAGAGGUUAAAGGGACUUCUGGGGCCAAAGGAUAAAGAGAAGAAAGCCUCAGGAGACGACAAGGGCAUGAGCACAGUCAUGGAGGUGGCUGAUGAUACAAGCAAAAAGCAAGGCUCCUCAGCAAAAGUCACAACAUCCACAGCUACCGAACAACCCUCCACAAAUCACAAAGAAUCGGCUGGAAAAUCAGCCCCAUCACGCUAUCAGGCCCCGGGAAGCUCCGCUCUGUACAGCAGCAACCUGCGAGACGACACUAAAGUCAUUCUGGAGCAAAUCUCGGCCAACAGCCAGAAAAACCGCCAAGAGCGAGAGGAAACCGGAGGGAACAAAGACAGCAGUGCCACGGACAAAGGAACAGAGACACAGAGCCCCUUUAAGAGGAAUCGAUUUCUACGACCACAGGGCAACACCCAGGAGAGGGAGGGGCUGCUGAAGAGGAUAGAGAGCCUGAGGAAGGAGAAGAAGGUCUACAGCCGCUUUGAGAUGGGGAAUAGCCUGGCAUAACGAAAGAUGGAGGACCGACCUUUUAUGUGGGAACUAUUAAUGCAAGAUGAUCAAAAACAGCCAUUGUCAACUUGUGCCGACAGCAAUCUAUCCUUCUUCAAAGCACCUCUGGUGCAAAAGCUGCAGCCUUUUCUGGAGUGUCGCAAAGAAGUAAUAAAACUUGAAAAGACGAUAUUGAACAUGCUGAGAACAACCUAAAGUCAUUGGGCUUGGAAUGUGCCUCUUUGCCAAGAACUGGUACUACUCUUUCCUUAUAUGGUGACUGAAAGACAAAAGGGACUACUUGCAAGCUGGCUGUGUUGGUUCAACCAAACAGCAACAAGGUAGGCUGACUCACAUAAAACCAAGCUUGUAUGAACGUGGCUGCAGGACUCGAAGAUGAAAACAGACUGCACAUGUUACAGCAGUCCGAAAAGAAAAACAGAUACACGCCAGUCGAGAAAAAAUAAAAAAAAGCACAGCAGUAUUCUGCAGUAAGUGUACAGUACCAGUGUUGUGUGUUUCUGGAAAUGUUUGUAUGCCUGGGAAUAGUUUGUAGGUUAACACGAGAAAGUGUCCUUGUGGUUUCAUCACGUGCCAAUGGCUGACUGAGGCCAUUACUAAAGUCGGAGAGUCAAUGCAAUCCCAAAGAAAUAAAGAUGUGGGUGGUGCUGAGGAUGAAGUUGUGGGUAGUACCGUUGGAAUGAGAAGAGUAAGAUGUGCAAAUAUUUGUGUUUUUUUUUCUAAAGCUUAAACUGCUUCAGCAAGAGUGGGGUUUGAUAAAAGUCAAAGCUGUAGUGAGAUUUAUCAUCUUGAGAGAAAAGUCUUACCUUUCCAUUGAGGUGUGGAGCCACUUUUCAUGGCUAAAGAUGUCAAAUAAUCAUUCAGGGAGGGGAUUUCCUGGUCAGAGGACUUGACUAAUAAUGUAUGCGUGUUUGUUUUAUGUAAAUAAAAAUGUAAAUCAUUUACAGUUGCCAUGCCAUGAGUUAAUGAAAAUAGUUUUGUUAGGAUGUUGCCUUUUUCUUCUAUGGGUUUUCAAUGAGGCAUUACCUCUAAAGGAACACAAGAGAAAAAAAAAAAGUGGGCGUAUUGCACAGUUCUGGAGCAAAGCCAUGCCACCUUACGUAACUCGCUUUACUUCUACGGCCAACGCCCUAAGAAGGACUCCUGGCUAUUUUGUUGGCCUGAUCACAAUUAAAAAGGAAGACUAAGGUGUAUGCUUAACACUUCAAGAGGGCAUCAAAACCUAUUUUGUGUUUUUGUGGAGUACGUCUGAAGACUCGAUUUACUCUUGAGGGUCGAUUUAAAGUUUACAUGGUUUUUAAUUUACCAUUUUACUGUACAUAUUUAUAUAUAAAGAGCUUUGUUCGUGUUUUGCAUUAUAAAUUGAUGCACUGUAAAAGUGAUUUAAUGGUGUUUUUUUUUUUAAUUAACAUGAAUGUGGAGUCAUUUUUGUUAGAUUUUAUUGACAUUACUGUGGGUAAAUCAGUUGCACAGGGUUAUUGUGCUCUUCGUUUUUAGACAUUGAAUAGUAUUAUACUGUUUUUCAACUUCUGCAACAAAAGGUGUUUCAUUAAAUGCUUAAAAACGA